AUGAAUUAUCAAGACCAUUGUGCAGAAGGGAAUGUCAAUGUUCCAGUUGAACCAGUUAUCUUCAGCAAGUUUUCAAGUUGUAUUAUUGGACCUCAUGAUGAUAUCCCUUACCCAGAAGAAACAGAGGAACUUGAUUGGGAAGUGGAACUGGCAUUUGUCAUUGGAAAAGAAGGGAAAAAAAUUGCUGCUAAAGAUGCUAUGUCUCAUGUAUUUGGUUAUACUGUGGCACAUGAUGUCAGUGCUAGGGACUGGCAGAUGAAAAAGAAUGGAAGACAAUGGCUUCUAGGUAAAUCUAUGGAUGGGUUCUGCCCCCUUGGACCCUGUAUAGUUAUGAAGGAAAAUAUUAUGAAUCCUGAAAAUCUUGGAAUAAGAUGUUCGGUAAAUGGAAUCAUUAAACAAGAAAGUAACACAUGUAAUCUUGUUCAUGGAAUUGAGAAAUUAGUUGUUUAUCUUUCAAGAUUCUUCACUUUGAAACCUGGAGAUGUGAUUAUCACUGGAACUCCUCCUGGGGUUGGUGUUUUUAGGAAACCACCAGAAUUUUUGAAGAAAGGUGAUGUUGUCACAUGUGAAAUUGAUGAGAUUGGAUCAAUCACCAACAAAAUAAUCUGA